GUUCACAGACGCAGAGGCAGUGGUAAUGGGCGACGUGACCUACGGCGCGUGCUGUGUGGACGACUACACGGCCCGGGCCCUGGGCGCUGACUUCUUGGUGCACUACGGACACAGCUGCCUGAUUCCCAUUGACGCCACACAGGGGCUGAAGAUGCUCUACGUGUUCGUGGACAUAAAGAUCGACGCGUCACAUUUCCUUGAGACCAUUCGCUUCAACUUCGCAGCGGGCACCUCCCUGGCCCUCGUCAGCACCAUCCAGUUCGUCUCCACAGUGCAGGCAGCGUCACAGGAGCUGCGCUCCCAGUACAAAGUGUGUGUGCCCCAGUGCAAGCCGCUGUCCCCAGGGGAGAUCCUGGGCUGCACAUCGCCCCAGCUCGCCCAGGACACGGAUGCCAUCGUGUAUUUGGGUGAUGGGCGCUUCCACCUGGAGUCCAUCAUGAUCGCCAACCCAGGGAUACCUGCCUACAGGUAUGAUCCCUACAGCAAGGUCUUCUCCCAGGAGCACUACAGCCACGAGCGCAUGCGCCGUGCUCGGCAGGACGCCAUCCGCACCGCUGCCNUCGUCCGCUGCUGGGGGCUCAUCUUGGGCACCUUGGGGCGCCAGGACUCCCCCAGCAUCCUGCAG